UCAUCACCACGACUUCCGGUACCUUUUGUAGCAAACAUUUAGCUCGGUCGGCGGCUUGUGGUCGCUACAAGAGGCCUGGACAGAAAUAUAACAAUUUGGAUUAUCAGUGGAUAAUCACACGAUAUAUUAUCCUAUAAUACGUCGUAAAAUCUUUGUCCCGUUUAUCUUGUCAAGGUAAUAAAAUACAGAUCUAGCCGCGAGCUAAAGCUAAAUGUAGUUUGUAAACAGACGCCAUCACUUAUCGCAUGCGAUUGAGUUUUAAAAACGAUUUGACAAUGAAUUGUCGAUCGGAGCUUCUUGAAGUCACAGUGGAGGCGAGGCAGGUUGAAGAGUCAAUACUGUCUUUGCUGCACACAAUUGUACUGCACCGCAGCACGGGAAAAUUUCACUAUAAAAAGGAAGGUACCUACUCCAUCGGUACAGUUGGGACCGUGGAUAUUGACUGUGACUAUAUCGACUUCACUUUUGUCAAAAUUUCCUCGGAAGAGCUUGACAGGGUGAUCAAAAAAGCUGUAGUUGAAUUCAAGGACGCUUUGAACAUUUCCGGAAGUGAUGGCAUUGGUCAAAUUUCCCUGGAAUUCUACCAGAAAAAGAAGUCCCGCUGGCCUUUCUCUGAUGAGUGUAUUCCCUGGGAGGUAUGGAACAUCAAAGUCAACGUGGUCAACCUAGCAAACGAGCAGGAGAGGCAGAUCUGCAGAGAGAAAGUGGGAGAAAAACUCUGCGAGAAGGUGAUCAACGUCGUCGAGGUCAUCAAUCGCCACGAUUACGUGCCAAAGAUGCCCACCCAGUCCGAAGUGGACAAUGUGUUUGACACCAGUUUGAGAGAAGUGCAGCCUUAUCUCCAUAAGAUCACAUACCAGAUCACCGACUCUCUGGGCACAUCUGUGAGCACCACCAUGAGAAGGCUGAUAAAAGACACUCUUGCACUGUGAAGUUAACCUGUUAUUCAAGCUUCACGCGUGAUGGUGCAAGAUUACAAUAUUUUUUUCCUCUCAAUUAGUUUUGACUGUGAAACAAUGGUACGAUUUGUGUAAUUUCUUAUCCUUGUCAACUCAGAGAAAUAAAACAAUAGCAGUAACAUGUCAUUAUUUGUUUGACACCAUUGUCUAUAAAUUGUUUAAAUAUUUUAUGAAAUCUAUUGUAAAUAGAAAUAAUCUUAAAAUUAAAGAUUUGUCCAUGUUCUGUAUCUGAUGACGCAUUUACAGUUCUUUUUGUUUUAAUAGUUCAAGAGGCCCUUGUUUUUUGAAUGUGCAAAGAGUUGCAUUCUCACUACACACACAAUCAGGAACAUUGUGCAGGAAUGGUGUUCAGUGUAUUGUUUUGAAAAAAAUAAAAGCAUCCAUUCUAUAGCUCAA